AUGUCCCCUUCUCGUUUUCCUCCCAAUUUUACUGAAACUGACCACCGUCAGCGCUCUCUCUUGCAAUUGCGCUCCAAACAACUUGGUCUUGAAAAAUACAUCUUUCUAAAUGGCCUCAAAGGCCGUGACUCUGACCUAUUCUAUGACAUUUUGCUUGAGAACAUGCAAGAAAUGAUUCCCAUCUUGUAUACACCAACUGUUGGAGAUGCCUGUGUCAACUACUCCCAUAUUUGGAGGCGACCUGAGGGUCUAUAUGUCUCCAUUGAAGACAAAGGUCGCAUUCGUAAUGUUUUGGCAACUUGGCCGAACUUCCCCGACGGCCGCAUAGCUGUCGUCACCGAUGGUUCCCGUAUCCUUGGCUUGGGCGAUCUUGGCGCAAAUGGCCUGCCCAUCAGUAUUGGCAAAUUGGAUCUCUACAUCGCUGGAGCCGGCAUCAAACCAUCCUCUACCGCAAGUCCAUGCUGUUACCAGGUCCCGAUUUGCCUGGACCUGGGUACAAAUACUCAACGCUACCUUGAUGAUCCUCUCUACAUCGGCGUUCGCCGCCCACGCCCAAACGGUCCAGAAAUGGACGAAUUCAUGGAUGAGUUCAUGGAAGCCAUGAAAGAAGUCUUCCCUACCCUACUAGUACAAUUCGAAGACUUCUCAACAGACAACGCAUUCAAAUACCUCGACCGCUACCGUCAUCAGUAUCGUGUUUUCAACGAUGAUAUUCAAGGCACAGGAUCCGUAAUCUUGUCAGGCUUCACAAAUGCUGCCCGUUUGUCUUCUGCCGCUUCCGGCCUACCGCCAUCAGAUCACAAGAUCUUGUUCUUCGGAGCCGGUUCUGCAGGUAUCGGCGUUGCGAAGCAAUUGUUGUCCUUCUUUACCUUGUCUGGCCUGAGUCCUGAAGAAGCAAGGUCUCGAAUCUACACUGUGGAUUCAAAAGGUCUUAUUACUGCCGACCGCAACGGGCUCCAAGAACACAAGAAGUUCUUCGCACGGACCGAUUACGAGGGUCCUCCAUUGACCGACCUCGUUGACAUCAUUAACUACGUCAAGCCCACCGCCUUGCUCGGUCUUAGCACCCUCAGAAAUGCAUUCUCUGAGCAAGUCGUCAAAACGAUGAGUGCUCUGAACAAGCGUCCCAUCAUCUUCCCCUUGUCAAAUCCCGUCGCGCUAUGUGAAUUGGACUACUCAGAUGCCAUCGAAUGGACCAAUGGCCAGGUGAUUUUCGCGUCGGGUAGCCCGUACAAUCCCUUCUCCUAUGGUGGUGUGACGCACGAGCCUGGACAAGGAAACAACAUGUACAUCUUCCCCGGUAUCGGUCUCGGUUCGAUCCUCUCCCGGACUCGCCACGUAUCGGACGCCAUGGUCGAACAGGCAGCGAUCGCGCUUGCCACCUCCUUGACCGAGGAAGAGAGGGCUGCCGAAUUGGUAUACCCUCGUCUUGCGCGCAUCAGGGACAUCAGUGCCCAGGUCGCAUUUGCUGUCAUCAGACAAGCACAAAAAGAUAAAUUGGAUGAUAAUGCUUAUCUCCGCACUCUUCCCGAUUCUGAUCUUUUGGGACUCAUUCAUGAUAAGAUGUGGCAGCCACCUGCGCUGCAGGUGCGUUCGUUCACACGGCUUUGAGUGGGUUAUUCGAUCAGGGGGAUGGGGUUUAAGCGAAUUUAUUGGCCUGAGACUGUUGGGACGGACGACGGAGAAUGCGGGAGCGCGACGGAAUGGUCUAUUUUUGAACUGUUGUUAUUGCAUGUGCCAUGCUAUCAUUGCUUUCCCCGGCC